AUGCCCUUCGAAGGCACACCUGCACCGAAUGCCGAAGCUUGGUUCAUCAGCAAUGAUAACGACUUUUUCAUUAAUGCUCUGCGAAGGCAUGCCUACAACUAUCUAAUCAACAUGCCGCUGGGCUACCACGAGACGGAUAUCAUCCACACCUCUUUCAACCGGGAGGCCAGUUUGAAGGGGCCUCCGCUAAACGCAUCGGCGUCAAUCACAAUGCAAGCUGCAGCAGUCUCCCAAGAGAUCUUCCGUUGCCGUUGCGCGAGUGCAAGCAAUUUUGACGUAAGCCUGGAAGGUAUCUCAAGCCUGUGUACCUCCAAGGGUGGAGAGAUUGAGAGCGCAGGCUUGUGCGUCAAGGUGCCCUCCAGAUUUACAAACGACGAGUGCACAAAGGUCGAAGCCGGGGCCAAGGGCGACUGUAUCGUCGACACCACCUCCGGCGGGUCCACCAGCUCCGUGUCAUCGCCCGCCGCUACGGCACAAGCUACUCCGAAGCCUAGAGCCGUCGAUCCUCAAGCUUGGGUGGCCUAG